CUGCCAUGCGCUCCGCUGAUUGGAGAUUGGGAGUUUGACAAGCUUGUUAAUUCCGCCCAUCAGCGCGACGCGCCUCCUCUCUGUGACAGGAACGUGGCUGAGGACUACAAAUGGGGACGUGAAUGUGGGAGAGUUUGAAAAAAAGUUGUGCAGAUGAGCAGUUUCUCAUCUCAAACGAGCAGAGCACACACGGGGAGUUAUUAUUCAUGACAUAAAUGGCGGAGGAACUGUUACCGAAUGACGAUGUCAGCAAGAUCAGCUCGCACCUCACGAAGCCUCUGCUGGCGGUGGCUUUCCUGGCCUCGUUCGGCAGCUCCAUGCUCUAUGGCUUCAACUUGGCCGUUGUCAACUCUCCCGCGCAGUACAUCAAAGACUUCUACAACGAGACGCUGGUAGAAAGUUACGACUUCACUCCAGAUGAGGAGCUCCUCACCGUCCUGUACUCCCUCACCGUGUCCAUCUUUGCUGUUGGUGGGAUGACCGGGGCCCUGCUGGUGGGCAGACUUGUUACCACAUACGGGAGGAAAGGGACGCUGGUGAGAGCCACUGUGCUGGUGUUUAUAGGCGGAUUGCUUAUGGGCUUCAGCAGAGCGUGCAGGAUGCCUGCGAUGGUCAUUGUUGGACGCUUCAUCACAGGAGUGCACUCAGGUAUCUCUCUCAGCGUGGUGCCGAUGUACCUCGGUGAGAUCGCCCCCAAGAACCUGCGAGGCUUCCUGGGCCUCGUUCCCAGCAUUCACAUUUGUCUGGGAGUCUUUGUCGCUCAGGUCCUGGGACUCAGCGAGCUGCUCGGAAAGGAAGAGCACUGGCCUCUGCUCCUGUCUCUGGUGGUGUUUCCUACCAUGGUCCAGUUGAUGCUGUUGCCAUGGUUUCCAGAGAGUCCGCGGUACCUGUUGAUAGAGAAGGGGAACGUCCACGCCACCAUCGCAGCCUUGAAGUGGUACCGCACCAAAGGAAACAUCCAGGCGGAGGUUGAGGAGAUGCAGGAGGAGCAGCGCUCUCUGUCCUCCAUCGAAACCAUCUCUGUUCGUGGCCUGCUCAAGGACCGCUGUGUUCGCUGGCAGGUCAUCACCAUUAUAGUGGUCAACAUCGGCAUGCAGCUGUCGGGCAUUGAUGCAAUCUGGUUCUACACAAAUGACAUAUUUAACAACGCAGGAAUCCCCGAACCUUAUAUUCAGUACACAACAGUGGGGACUGGUGCCAUCGAGGUCAUCUCUGGGAUGCUGGGGUGUUUCACCAUCGAGCGUGUUGGCAGAAGACCUCUGAUGAUUGGCGGCUUCCUUUUCAUGGGACUCUGCUGUCUUGGGAUCACAGUGUCUGUCCUCUUCCAGGCCCAGCUGUCCUUCAUGCGCUACAUCAGUGUGGGCUGUGUUGUUGGGAUUAUUGCCGGCUUCUGCAUCGGUCCAGCUGGUGUGCCCUUCCUCAUCACUGCAGAGCUGUUUAAGCAGUCACACCGACCGGCUGCCUACACUGUGGCCGGUUGCCUCAACUGGUUGUCCAACUUCACCAUCGGCUUCAUCUUUCCCUUCCUAGAGAUGACGAUGGGCCCCUACUGUUACCUACUCUUCUGUGCGAUCUGCUUGGGAGUGGCCCUCUACACCAUCUUCAUCAUUCCCGAGACCAAGAACAAAACCUUUAUGGAGAUCAGCCAGAUGUUCGCCUCCAGGAACAACAUCGACAAGGAAGAGCUGACUCCCAACGGUCAUCUCAAAAUGGCUGUGAUGAACGGCUACGGGACCCUCGGCCAGUUUGGCGAAAGAUAAGAAGGAGUGAGGAGGUGGACCUACAUGUGAACCAGGGUUUCUUCUCUCUCAGCAAGUUUGAAUCGACGGGAGCAACCGUAGCAGGGAUAAAAUGUGGACCCUCUGUGAUGACGAGGAGAUCUGCUGCUUCAUGUGAACGCUACAAAGAUGCAAUCAUACACACAAAAGGAAAAAUAUAGGCUCUCUUGUCAACUUUCCAUGGACAGAAUAACGCCUGAUUUGACCGCUUAUCCCGAGUCAAACCGUAGCUCCUGUACAUUAUGUGCGACAGAAGUCAUGUGGCCGAUGUGCUUCAAAUCGGCUAUGAGUGACAUUUUAAUCCAUUUCGCUGCAUCUUAGAGCAUUUUUACGGGAGCUGAGUUGUUUUUUCACGCUGCUGUCACAAGUUUUAAUCUCUGAAUUAGCUUCACUUCCGUUGAACACGUCCCAUGAUCUCUUUAUUGUUCGUAUUCAGCAUUGAAUACGCAGCAGUAACACCUCUGAGGCAGUGGAAGGCAUCAAGGGGCUGACGUUUCACUCAUAAAACAAGAUUAACGAUUACAGUAUGUUUACAGUUUGAAACUCGAGGUGAACGUCUCGACCCAGAACCUGAGCACUAGUUUGUUUCGUCUUCCUUUUCAUAUUUCAUUCAGUUUUGUGUGUCUUUUCACACAGGAGACCUUGAUAUUGUGGCUACUGUAGUAGUCAUUUCAUUUGUCUUAUGUAAAGGUAUAAUUUAUCAAUAUAUCACAUCAAAGUAGCUGUACGAGUAGUUUUUGUUUAUGACACUGCUGUAUGUUUUACAAGACACUUUUGCCAAAAUAUAUGGCAGAGUCAGUGACAAUUAGAGAUAUAAAGUAUAAUGAUGUUUGACG